AUGUCCUCAACUAGAUCCAAUGCCCGUUUGAUCAGAUUCGGGAUCUUUGCCUUAGUAUUGAUUGGUUGCGGGUUCAUACUCACAAAGGGCACCUCUUUCCAGUCUCCGGAAUUGUCAACGUCGUCACCACCACCGCAACAACAACAACAACAACAACAACAACAACAACAACAACAACAACAAUCUCCUAAACAGUCGCCAUCAUCGCCAUCUUCAUCGUCGUCGUCGUCGUCUCAGCAAAAGGGCACAGGCGAUGGCUCACUCCAAAACAUUGAGCUUCCAUACACCCCUAAAAACAUGGGUCCAAUAGCCAAGGCCCACGUUGGUGGUGACGGUAACCCACAGUACAUUGAUCAGAAAAACAUUGAUCCUGCCACGUACUCGCCCGAAAAGGACAAAAUCAAAGCCACGUUUGUUUCCUUGGCUCGUAAUAAGGAUUUAUGGUCUUUGAUGGAUUCCAUUAGGCAAGUUGAAGACCGUUUCAAUCGUAAGUACCACUACGACUGGGUGUUCCUUAAUGAAGUUGAAUUCGAUGAUGAAUUCAAAACCACUGUGUCUGCUGCUGUUAGUGGUGAGGCCAAGUUUGGAUUGAUUCCCAAGGACCAUUGGUCAUACCCACCAUGGAUCGAUCAGGAAAAAGCGGCAUUGGUGAGAGAACAAAUGAGAGAAAAGAAGAUCAUUUAUGGCCACUCUGAGUCUUAUAGACACAUGUGUCGGUUCGAGUCUGGAUUUUUUUGGAGACAAGAUCUCUUGAAAGAUUACGAAUACUACUGGCGUGUUGAGCCUGACAUCAAAAUCUUCUGCGAUAUCGACUAUGACAUAUUCAAAUGGAUGAAGGACAAUGACAAGAGUUAUAGUUUCACCGUGUCAUUACCAGAAUACAAGGAAACCAUCCCUACAUUAUGGGACACUACCAAAGAAUUCAUUGAAAAGAACCCACAAUACUUGGCAGAAAACAAUAUGAUGGAAUGGUUGAGUGACGACAAGGGCAAAACGUACAAUGGAUGUCAUUUCUGGUCCAAUUUUGAAAUUGCCCGUUUGGAUUUCUGGAGAAGUGACGCAUACAGACACUAUUUCGAGCAUUUGGAUAAGGCCGGCGGGUUCUUUUAUGAGCGGUGGGGCGAUGCUCCUGUGCAUUCGAUUGCGGCUGCCCUUUUUUUGCCUAAGGAUAAAGUCCACUUUUUUGAAGAUGUGGGGUAUUUCCAUGUCCCGUUUAAUAAUUGCCCCGUUGAUCCCAAGAUCAGAUCUGAGCGUAAUUGUGUUUGUGAUCCAAAUAAGGACUUUACUUGGAAGGGGUAUUCAUGUGUUUCAAAGUACUACACGGUGAAUAAUUUCAAGAGACAAAAGAAUUGGGAGAAGUUUACCGGGUAG